GCCGCCUGAGCCUCCCCGGCGUGGAGCCGCGAACCCCGCGCACUCCCCUCCCUCCUGCGGUGCCCACCGCAGGCAGCUCCCCAGCUCAUUCCGAGAGUCUUGACAGCCGCGAGCCCGGACGCACAAAAGCCACCGUCUGUGCACCGCCCUCCCCGCGAGGCAGCGGCCGGCCGGGGGAGCCCACCUGCGGGCGCCCGGGCUGCGGAGUUCGUUUUGUGGCGGAGCCCCGCGCCCCGCACGGACCCGAACCCGCCCCCAUGGCUCUGAUCAUGGAACCAGUGAGCAAAUGGUCUCCAAGUCAAGUGGUGGACUGGAUGAAAGGUCUUGAUGACUGCUUGCAGCAGUAUAUUAAGAACUUUGAGAGGGAGAAGAUUAGCGGGGACCAGCUGCUGCGCAUUACACACCAGGAGCUGGAAGAUUUGGGUGUCAGCCGCAUUGGUCACCAGGAACUGAUCUUGGAAGCUGUUGACCUUCUGUGUGCACUGAAUUAUGGCUUGGAAACAGAAAAUCUAAAAACCCUCUCUCACAAGUUGAAUGCAUCUGCCAAAAAUCUACAGAAUUUUAUAACAGGAAGGAGAAGGAGUGGCCAUUAUGAUGGGAGGACCAGCAGAAAAUUGCCAAAUGACUUUCUGACCUCUGUUGUUGAUCUGAUUGGAGCAGCUAAGAGUCUUCUUGCCUGGUUGGACAGAUCACCGUUUGCUGCUGUGACAGACUAUUCAGUCACAAGAAAUAAUGUCAUACAACUCUGCUUGGAAUUGACAACUAUCGUGCAACAGGAUUGUACUGUAUAUGAAACAGAGAAUAAAAUUCUUCACGUAUGUAAAACUCUUUCUGGAGUCUGUGAUCACAUCAUAUCCCUGUCAUCAGAUCCUCUGGUUUCACAAUCUGCCCACCUGGAAGUGAUUCAGCUGGCAAACAUCAAGCCAAGUGAAGGCCUGGGUAUGUAUAUUAAAUCAACAUAUGAUGGCCUCCAUGUAAUUACUGGAACCACAGAAAAUUCACCUGCAGAUCGGUGUAAGAAAAUCCAUGCUGGCGAUGAAGUGAUUCAAGUUAAUCAUCAGACUGUGGUGGGGUGGCAGUUGAAAAAUUUGGUGAAUGCACUACGAGAGGACCCGAGUGGUGUUAUCUUAACUUUGAAAAAGCGACCUCAGAGCAUGCUUACCUCAGCACCAGCUUUACUGAAAAAUAUGAGAUGGAAGCCCCUUGCUCUGCAGCCUCUUAUACCUAGAAGUCCCACAAGCAGCGUUGCCACGCCUUCCAGCACCAUCAGUACACCCACCAAAAGAGACAGUUCUGCCCUCCAGGACCUCUACAUCCCCCCUCCUCCCGCUGAACCGUACAUCCCCAGAGAUGAAAAGGGAAACCUUCCCUGUGAAGACCUCAGGGGGCACAUGGUGGGCAAGCCAGUACAUAAGGGAUCGGAAUCACCAAAUUCAUUUUUGGAUCAGGAAUAUCGAAAGAGAUUUAAUAUUGUUGAGGAAGAUACUGUCUUGUAUUGUUAUGAAUAUGAGAAAGGAAGAUCCAGCAGUCAAGGAAGACGAGAAAGCACACCAACUUAUGGCAAGCUACGACCUAUAUCUAUGCCAGUGGAAUAUAAUUGGGUGGGGGACUAUGAAGAUCCAAAUAAGAUGAAGAGAGAUAGUAGAAGAGAGAACUCUCUACUUCGAUAUAUGAGCAAUGAAAAAAUUGCUCAAGAAGAAUACAUGUUUCAGAGAAACAGCAAAAAAGACACAGGGAAGAAGUCAAAAAAGAAGGGGGAUAAGAGUACUAGCCCGACUCACUACUCAUUGCUACCUAGUCUACAAAUGGAUGCACUGAGACAAGACAUCAUGGGCACACCUGUGCCAGAGACCACACUCUACCAUACAUUGCAGCAGUCCUCUCUGCAGCACAAAUCAAAGAAGAAAAGCAAAGGUCCGAUAGCAGGCAAGAGUAAAAGAAGGAUUUCUUGUAAAGAUCUUGGCCGUGGUGACUGUGAGGGCUGGCUCUGGAAAAAGAAAGACGCGAAGAGUUAUUUUUCACAGAAAUGGAAGAAAUACUGGUUUGUCUUAAAGGAUGCAUCCCUGUAUUGGUAUAUUAAUGAGGAGGAUGAAAAAGCAGAAGGAUUCAUCAGUCUCCCUGAAUUUAAAAUUGAUAGAGCCAGUGAAUGCCGCAAGAAAUAUGCAUUCAAAGCCUGUCAUCCUAAAAUCAAAAGCUUCUAUUUUGCUGCUGAACAUCUUGAUGAUAUGAACAGGUGGCUUAACAGAAUUAAUAUGCUGACUGCAGGAUAUGCAGAAAGAGAGAGGAUUAAACAAGAACAAGAUUACUGGAGCGAGAGUGACAAGGAAGAGGCAGAUACUCCAUCAACUCCCAAGCAAGACAGCCCACCACCCCCCUAUGAUACAUACCCACGGCCUCCCUCUAUGAGUUGUGCCAGUCCUUAUGUGGAAGCAAAACACAGCCGGCUUUCCUCCACAGAGACCUCUCAGUCUCAAUCUUCCCAUGAGGAGUUUCGCCAGGAAGUGACUGGGAGCAGUGCUGUGUCCCCCAUACGCAAGACAGCCAGCCAGCGCCGCUCCUGGCAGGACUUAAUUGAGACGCCACUGACAAGCUCAGGAUUACACUAUCUUCAGACUCUGCCCCUGGAGGAUUCUGUCUUCUCUGACUCGGCGGCUCUCUCUCCCGAGCACAGGCGGCAGUCCACCCUUCCAACUCAAAAGUGUCACCUGCAGGAUCACUAUGGGCCAUAUCCCUUAGCUGAGAGCGAGAGGAUGCAAGUGUUAAAUGGAAACGGGGGCAAGCCUCGAAGUUUCACUCUGCCUCGAGAUAGUGGGUUCAACCACUGCUGUCUGAACGCGUCCCUUAGUGCCUGUGAUCCACAGGAUGAUGUGCAACCAACAGAGGUGGAGGAAGAGGAUGAGGAGGAGGAGGAGGAAGGGGAGGCAGCAGGGGAAAACAUAGGAGAAAAAAGUGAAAGUAAGCAAGAAAAGUUAGGAGACUCGUUGCAAGAUUUAUACAGGGCAUUGGAGCAAGCCAGUCUGUCGCCUCUAGGAGAACAUCGUAUUUCAACUAAGCUAGAAUACAAGCUGUCCUUCAUAAAGAGAUGUAAUGAUCCUGUAAUGAAUGAAAAACUACACAGGCUGAGAAUUCUCAAAAGCACUUUAAAGGCCAGAGAAGGGGAAGUAGCCAUUAUUGAUAAAGUUCUUGACAAUCCAGACUUGACAUCUAAAGAAUUCCAACAAUGGAAGCAGAUGUACCUCGACCUGUUCUUGGAUAUCUGUCAAAACACCACUUCAAAUAACCCAUUAAGUAUUUCCUCUGACGUAGAUGUAAUCACUUCCUCUCUCUCACACACUCAUUCUUACAUUGAAACGCACGUGUAAGUGUAUUCUGCCUUCAGGCCAUCUGGUACCUUCGGGUACUUUGAACACGUACAUAGGGUAGUUUUUAUAUCGAUGUGUGGGACACUCGAUGAGCUAUACUUUAAUGUUACUGAACGACUGGUAUAUGAAACCAACCAUAUAAGGUCACAAUCCCACUGUCUUUAAUGAGCAUUUGUAUAUUUUAUAUGCAGUUAGUGCUCAGCUUGUGUUUACCAUGUGCAAAAUAAACUGUCUUUACUGACUUCAAAAUUAACUUUUGCAAACAAUUUAAAGACAGGUGGUCUUCGACUAGUAAGAACCACAAAAAGGCAGUUUUAUAUCUAAGGUCAUCUUUUCUCCCUAUAAGUUAAUUUUAUAUAAACAGGACUUCAAAAAUUAAAUCACAUUUUUUCAGGUGCAGACAUCUUUGUGGGUGGGAAAGAAUUUAAAAGUUUUUUAUAUUUAUUAAAGUGUUCUGAGAAUUUUCUUAAACAUUGCACAAAGUUUAAUGCUGUAGUUUUAUUUUUGUGAAAUGUAGAUGCGCCUACAAGAGUUAAGCAACAUAGAAAAGCAUCGACAUAAGAAAAGUUCAGGUAUCUACUAUCCGUCUUAAUAGUCUAUUAACUUGUGCAAGCUGGUUAAUGGAGAUAUGAUUCCAAAUCUAUGAGAACACUUCAUGGUGUAUCAGGGCAAAGCUUUGUAAGAUGUUUUUGUAACUAAGACCAAAAUUGAAGAUAGAGCUGCUUUAUUUUCUUGGUUUAAAUCUUCCUUUAUUUUUGUAGUGAUGAAAUGCUGAUUGUGUACAGAGGAGUUUGAGAAUGGGUUUUUUUAAAAAACACACACACACAACAACAGACUUAACUCACCCAGAAAGGCAGCUAACAGCUUUCAAUCUCCAACUCAUAAACUACUACAAGAUAUAAACAGAAAAAAAAUCAACUUUCCAGUUAGCGUCUGAUCCCUCCACCCCGCCAGUCUAUUAAUUAAACUAAUAUAAUUCUACUUCAGGCAGGGAAGUGAACUAUGUCUAGUUACAGGCUGAUGUGUGUUAUAGUAUGGCAACAAUCAAAACUGUACUUCUUUCCUAAGGUUACUCAGAGAUAAGCUACAUCGAUUUAUAUGCGAGAACUAUUAUGAGGCUGGUCCUAGCUUCAUGAAUUGUCCGAGAGUGGAUGAAGUCGAUGAAGACAUCCUCUUCACCUAUUUCCAUUUAGAAAAGUCACGUUCUCUAAAGUGAUCACAGCAUGCUAAUGACCGUGCUGCUUUUUAGUGUCUGGCUGCAUAACGUACAAGUCACAAUUUGCUCUUUUUUAAGGAGGAGGGGACCCUCCCUGACUACUCGGUAUCUUAAACUCUACUUUUACUCAGCUGUAUACUGCUGCCUGUACAACUCAGUGAAUGUACUUUCAUCUUUAAGAAUUCCGCUCUAGCCCAGUGACUAUUCUUGCAGUAGCGGAGAACGUGAAGAACUCCCCAGCCAGACUGGUUUUGCAGACUUUGCACAACUGUACGGGAGAGUGGCCUUUCUACAGCACAUUUUCAGUGAUCUUAUAGUUAGUCAAAGUGGAUGAGAAAAUCAUGUAUUAAUGUGUGUAUGGGAUUUGGGGUCCAGUGUACUAUUUUUAUCAUUUCAAAAACCAAACAAAAAACAAACAUAUUUGUAAAAAUAUAAGAACAUUUAUUUACUGCAUGAAUAAUGGACGCACAUUAAAUUUGUGGGACUUUUGUAUAUGUGCCAAAAACCAAACAAACACAAACAAACAAAAAACCCUCUUGUCCUAAAAUGAAGUGUGCUUGUUAAACAGGUGUUUAGACAUUGUUGUUUACUAGACCAAAUGUGUAUGUUCACAUAAUACUCUCUGUAUUCUGAUGGGUGUGGCCUGUAUACAGUGGCCUGGUCUCGCCCUGUAAACAGCAAACAGUUGCUAUGAAGCAGCUUUUUUUUGUAAAGUCAGCUCGGUUGUAUUAAAUGGUAAAAUUAAAAUACUGAAUUUCAAAAAUCUCGUGGCUAACCUAGCAUGAAAGAGACCUUUUGCCACUAUGUAUCUGUACAGUUAAUUGCAUUCGUUUCAAUUCUAGGGGAGAGGCGGCACUGUAAAACUGAAGUCAAAUAAAUUCAGCUCUUAAUGAA